UUGGGCAGAAGCGGCGGCAGAUGCGGCUGGCAGCUCAGGAGGAAGGAAGCGGAGAUGCCUUCAGCCUGGACGGCUCGGCCCCAGCCUUGCCUUCCUCCCUCCCUCUGAGGCUUAGGGCAGGCAGGGAGAACUCCAGAGCCCCUUAGCCCCAUCCCCCGCAGCCCCCUCCGGCUUCUCAGGGCCCGCCUUGGCUCUUCUCCCCCGACGUCGCGGAUCCCCAAGCCCCAUGAGCCGCCAGCUGGAGCCCCGCAGCCCCUCGGGCCUCCUCCGCAGGAGGGCCCCCCCGGCCAAGCGCCUCCUCCUGCAGGACGCCAGCCACGCUGCUGCCGCUGCCGCUGCUUCCCCCGCCGUCGAGGAGGCCCCCAGCGCAGCCAAAUGCGCCCGGCUCUCCGCCGCCUCCGCCGCCCUCGAGGCUCCCGGCGCGGCUGCAAGAGCGGCUCCUGCUCCCCCGGCUUCCCCUCCGUCUCAGGACUGCUUCAGCGCCCCCGGCUCCCCCCUCGGGGCUCCUUCCCUUUCCAGCCCCGGAGGAGCAGCACCCGGACCCAGCCUCCUGGCCGGAUACCUUCUGCUGCCUCUCCCCGACCGGGAGCACCUCUCCCAGGCCCUGGAGGUCAACAGCGGCCGGGAGCUGCGCUGCAAGGUUUUUCCCCUCAAACACUACCAGGAGAAAAUUCGGCCUUACAUCCAGCUGCCGUCCCACAGAAACAUCACUGGGAUUGUGGAAGUAAUUCUUGGCGAGACCAAGGCCUAUGUCUUCUUUGACAAGGACUUUGGAGACAUGCAUUCCUAUGUGAGGAGCUGCAAGCGUCUGCCGGAGCAAGAGGCCGCCCAACUCUUCAAGCAGAUUGUUUCAGCUGUCGCUCACUGCCACCAGUCGGCCAUCGUUCUGGGGGACCUUAAACUCAGGAAAUUCGUUUUCUCUAGUGAAGAAAGGUCGCAGCUGAGACUGGAAAGCUUGGAAGACACGCACAUCAUCAAAGGGGAAGAUGAUGCAUUGUCAGACAAGCAUGGCUGCCCAGCAUAUGUCAGUCCAGAAAUCUUAAACACAACGGGGACCUAUUCAGGGAAGUCAGCUGAUGUUUGGAGCUUAGGUGUAAUGCUAUAUACCCUCCUAGUGGGACGCUAUCCCUUCCAUGACUCAGACCCAACAACCCUAUUUUCAAAAAUCCGACGUGGACAGUUCUGUAUCCCUGACCAUGUCUCUCCCAAAGCACGGUGCCUCAUCCGUAGCCUCCUCAGGCGGGAGCCCUCGGAAAGACUAACAGCCUCAGAAAUUUUGCUCCAUCCUUGGUUUGAUGCUGUUUUGGAAUCAGGUUAUGCUGACCAGGACACAAGAGCCUUUGAUCAGGUUGUUCCAGAGAAGUUAAGAGAGAAUGACGAUAUCAGUUCAUUCUUUUGUUAGCUAAGAAUUUUUUAUUUUUGCCUCGGGGAGAAUGAAAGAGACACCUCACCCUUCUACACAGUCCUUACAUUUGUUUUUGUUCUAUUCAUUUUCUGUAUUGUAAACGCAUAGCUUUCCAAAAUCCUUCUGUCCUCAGGAUGGCAAUUGUUAUCUUCAGCACAUUUAAUUCAUGAAUAGAAUUCCUGUCUGUUGUUUCUUCUUUCCAAGGAAGUUUGCAGUCUGACCAAACCAGUCCUUUUGGGGGGAAAGAAAAAGGUUAGUCUGCUUAACCUAGUCUGCUUAACCUAGGAUUAAUCUUUCCCAUUGAACUCUAUGGGAUUGCUCUAGGACAACUGUCUGGAGCAAAUGGACCUGCCCAUACAAGGGUGUGCAUGCAUCUUUAGACCUAGGACAUUUGAACUUCAAUUCUGAAGGGGAGAAAAGGCAGUAGCCUAUUCUGGACUUCAAUGGGAGACAGAUUUACUCAUUUGGAGUAAGCAAUCUAAGACUGCAGCCUUAAUUCCUUUUCUAGAACAAAACAGCUUGGGAGUUACUUGGCUCUUUAUCUUGUCUUCAGAUUCACAUGGUCUUGCUACAUUUAGCAGGUUUAUACUGUUAGAGCUGCUACAGAAGAGCCAGCUGGGUUCUCCUGUGUCUCUCGUACAUCAUAAAAAAUGACAAGGCUGUCAGCUGGGCUUUGAUUACAGAAUCCUCUUACUGGUGAUGUAAGAGAGAGAAUACAGGCAUGCUACUUCUGGUGCCAGGUGGGGCAUGUGAUAGUCACAGUCCAGAAGCUAAUCGUAUUCUCUCUCAGAAAGCUGUGCUUGUAUAUUUGACUUCAGACUGGAUCUUCCAAUAUGUAGGAAACCCUAGAACUUGGUAGAGUGACUGGUUUUAGACUGGCUUUGGGCUACCAUUGGCCAUGCUGCCUGAAGGGUUCUGAGAGUUGUGCAUGUAUGUGGAAAAAUAGUUUCUAAGCUGACAAAAUCUCACUAUUGUUCUACAGUUGCUCUGAAAUUACUUUGAAUGAGAGAUCAGAACCAUUUGAAACAAACAGGAAUUUUGCCAUUGGCUUCAGUGGAGUACAGAUCUAUUGCCAUUCUCAAAUCCUUAGCAUGUCUGUUGAAAUUCCAUCUAGUAUAGUUGGACUGAAAUGUGGAACAAGAAAUAUUCCACCUUUCAUUGGUGUGGUUGUGUGAUUCCAGCUAAGAGCCUGGUCUAUGUCUGAAUUUGGAAGAGCUUUUCAUCAGGUUUCUUUCCUUCAUUUCUUAAGAAAUGCUUCCCAAGCUAACUACAGUUGCAGUUAGUAGACCUUUGCAGGUCUUCUUCCUUAUCAUUGCCCCUAUGCUUAUUGUAAGAUGCCAUGCAUUUCGAAAGGCAAAACAGCCAACUGUCUCUGAAACAUUUGCUACACUUGUUUUAGCAGUAAAAUUGAUACAUGUGUGCACAACCUCCUAAAAGUGAUGCACAUCUUUUAGGUCAGUCUUGCUCUAUGAAGGGAUGCUGAAGCAGAUGGAGAUUAACAGGUCCAAGGCUUCAACCUGAUCUCUUGUCUCCCCUGCUCCUCAGUCACGCAUCUUCAGGGGGCCAUUCACAUUAUACAGUUAUUCCAUUUUAACUGUCAUGCCAGCAUCCUCUGAAAUUCUGGUUUGUAGUUUGGUGAGGCACUGGAGCUCUCUGGCAAAUAACUCAAAAUGCCCUUCUCUAAACUGCCUGUCCCAGGAUUCUGUAGGACAGAACCAUGGCCGUUAAAGUGGAAUAGUAGCACUAUAAUUCUGCAGUGUGAAUGGGCCUCUGCUGGUAUCUUUAAAUAAGGCAGAGCUAGAAAGAUGCUUACGUUGUAUUCAUAAGGUUCCAUAGUCAUUCCCCUUGAUUUGUUCCAGCCCUUGCAGAACUGUUGUUAGUCCACAGUAUUGUGAAAAUACUGGGCAAUAUGGUACUGGGGUGUGUCAUAGAGUUGAUGCAAGAACAAGGCCUCGUUGGAUGCAUGUGUAAACCUUAUGUCUGGUCUCAGGGGUGAAUCUUCUGCAAACUAGCAUUAUGUUUGAAGCACAGCUUUUUCCCCCCUAGCAAGUGAUCUAUAUGGCCUGUUAUCUGAACUUGCUGGGCUCUCCUGCAUCAGUGGAGCUGGGUGUAGUUGCUCAGAAAAUACCAUCAUGUACCCAAAUGCCAAAACCCAUCAGUCAGGGGUGGGGCCUCCAAGCCUGAGAGGCACAGAUAAGCCCUAUCUUGUUACAUAUACUGAAAUGGGUUUGGCCUUUUUGUGUGGGCUUUGCUUUUCAAAGUAUUGUGUCACUUUUUUUUUUUUUUUUUACAGAAUUUGUAGGGGGGAAUCUAAUUUUUGGACAGCAGCUCUUUACUUGCAUGGGGAUUCUGGGAUCUGGAGACUAAAAAAAAGAGCUUUUCUGUAUCUUUUGUACAAAAUAAUAACAAUUAGGGGGGAAAACUUAUGAUAGCCACAAAAAUAUCCAAAUGUUUCUGUUUGAUUAUAAUGUACCUGUAGAAAUUUCUUUUGUGUAUCUCUGGGCUGUGAUGAGUUUCAAAGUCAUGCUGGAUAAUCCACAGACCCAAAGAAGCCUCAGAUUUCUGGAUGAGGUAGGGAGCUUCCUGACAAAGGUGGCUGUUCCAGUUAGUGAAAAUAAGCAUUUGGCCUGGUAAAUUCAGUUUUAAAAGUUCGUCUAGGUUGCCAGAGGAAAUGUUUUUGGCUUUCUUUUUUCUGUUUAUUUCUCUGCUUAUUUGCCCCAGAUUGAAAGUGGGUGUGCAGUAGGCAAACAAGCAUUCUUGUGGACUAAUAUCAUGGUGAAUGUGCUGGCAAGGUUGAGUGCAUGUGUAACAAGAGGGGAAAAAGAAAAGAAAAAUAAUUCUUUUUAAGGAUACACCACCUGGUCUAUCUCUGUCAGAAGGGCAGAGCCAUUGUGUACUUGAGAGAGCUUUGCAUACCUCAUCAGCUAUCUACUUUCUACAUGAUGUUUUACCAUUGGAGUGUUUCUUUUUUUAAAAAGGCUGUGUUGUGUGUGUGUCCUAAAACCCCGGGAUGUCAAGGAGCCGUUUAAAUGUGAAUUAUGGCUGGCAAUACUAACUUGAUAUAAUCAAGAGAAUUAGAGGUAAAAGUUUAUUUUUCACCUUGAUUGCACUAAAGCUCUUGUGAUUGCUUUAAUAUAUUUGUAUCUGUGAUACAGUUGGAGGUUUUUGUUUUGUUUUGUUUUUUGUAAAGGUUCUCUUCAGACCUGCCGAUGAAUCUGUAUAUAUUGGUAGGUGGAACUGGUAGGCUUAACACUAUGUUGGAUGUUUUGUAAAUAUGUACAUAUUUGGAAAUUGUUAUGAUGAAGUUGUAAAAUUUCUGUACAAAAAGUUUAAUAAAUCUGGUUUCAUAACAAA